UCUGGUGUAAACAUUGAAGAGCCAUCGUUGAAGUUUUGCAGUGUUAUUAUUAUUCAAGUUAUUUAAAUAGUUUCGCGUCACAAAAGUUAUCCAGCUCUUAUGUUGGCAUCAAGAUGGUCCAGAGUAUUAUUUGCUUCAAUAUGUCUUGCCUGCGUAGGUCGUCUAUAUGGAGCAAAAAAAAGUUUUCUAUCUUCGACAACCGAAGCACAAUUUUUCGAUACAAAAAUGCUGACCUAUGAAAUUGUGCAGCUUGUUGUACCUAAAAAUGUAAAAAUGAAUGACAUUAAUGAUUAUCGAGAAAUUGUACUUCCUGCUUAUUCGAACACGAAUAUUCAGCUCAGAAACAUGUCAAUCCAUGGUGCAGAUAUUGGCUUUGCAUUGAUACAGAUGAAUGCGUAUGAGUUCAACGCGACGCUCAGCUACACUAAUUAUAUAGUUGAAGAUCGUUCGUUAACAGGAAUGAACGUAGGCCUGAUUCUUUAUGAAGACGGUAGUUUAUAUGCGAUCAACACAAAUCCUCACGACGAUAUCUGGGUUUCUUUAGUUUUGAUGCUGUACAACAAAACUGCCCCCGUUCCGGGUGGAUGCAAUUUAGAAUACCCAGUUGAAGUUUCUCCGGUAAUGAAUCUUACAUUAAAGGAAACUACAAUUGAGGUCGAUACACCUCCAGCUUCUGUAGCUCGACCGUUGCUCGAUCCGAACAACCGGUGUGGAAAGACGAAUCUUAUCUAUGAGUCUUACUAUCUAUCCAUGCCUUCAUACGAUUUUUCUCAACGAACAUAUUUCACCUACAUUCGAAAGCUAAUUUCUUAUGCAACUACUAAAGCGUCUGGGCGAUUAAAUGAUUUAUCAUCAAAUGUAGGUGCUAUUAAGCGGUUUUACGAUCGACAAAAGGGACGAGGCAUGGUAUUUGUAACAGUCGUUAUUGAUCCGGUGCAUAAGGGAUUUGCUGCUUACGUCCCAGUUCAUACGUAUGCCUGUCAACCGUUUUUACAUGCGGCCGAAUGCUACGAGUUCAAUAUCCCGCUUCGAAUAGUGGGAUUCAUCCUUACAAUUAUAAUGGCGGCAGAGAUCGUGGUCGGUUUUUUCCCGUUACCGGUGAAGGCAUUUGUUUGCGGUGCAGUCGUCGGUUUAUUGGGAACUAUCAAACUAUUGAAAUAUAUUAAUGUGAGUGUCACAGAUGGAGAGCUAAUAACGCUGUUGGUGGUUGGAUCGAUCGCAGGUAUCAUUCUGUUUGUGCUGGUGUCAGUUAUCUGUCCCAUAGCGGCCAUUAUCAUAUGCAAUUCGAUGGUUGCGUUCUUGCUGUGUAGUGUGGUUUAUUAUGGAAUUUAUGGCAACUUUUUGAGUCAUCCGGUUUGGAGUGUUGCUUUCUUGGUAACUACGUUGGUCGUGGGCAUCCUGUUCAGUUCUAUACAAAUCUUUUUGUUUGCUAACGCCUUCCUAUUUAGUGCUAUGAGUUUAUUUUAUGGGGUUAAUAUGAUUUUUAGCGCACGGUUGCACUAUUCAUUGAAAGGAUGGUUCCACGGAUUUUCCGAAGAUAACUAUAAUUCGGUUCUGUUCGAUUCAACUAUAGACAGAAACGAGAUAAUGGCCAUCGUCAGCUUCGGGAUGAUACUCACAUUGUGUGUUUAUUUGCGCUUUCGUUGUAAAUUACGGGAGAACCAGGUGGUAAGACAUGGUUUUCGCUUCCCGUGCGGAGAUCACGGUUCUACAGCAAGUCUAGCCUUUUUGGCAGACGACAGCAUGGCAUAUCAGAACGUAUCCGACCAUCCUACAAUAACUCGCUGGACUAGUGGCGACGAUGAAGUGUUUGAAUCUCCUGAAACGAACGCUAGGUUCUUUCAGAGACUACGACGUACCAGGAGGCACUAAACCAUCGAAGGUUAGGAUUUCUUAAAAAUUUUUACCAGUAAUCUUAUUGCAACCAAGUUCUCAUGUGGCAAAUACACGUUCUCUCUAUAUUAA